AUGGCCAUGUGCCUUAGAUACUUCGUCGGAGCUAAUUUACGCGAAGAUUUUUUGGGGUUCGCUGAGUGCGAAUCAACUACAGGCGAGACGUUGUCCAAUGCCUUCUUAGCAAAUCUUGAACUGGCGGGUGUUGACGUAAACAAAAUGCGUGGCCAGGGAUAUGAUGGCGCUGCCAAUAUGUCCGGUAUCCGAAGAGGCGUACAGGCAAGGAUCCAACAGCGUAUUCUUGGGGCUGUGUACACCCACUGCAAAGUCCACUGCCUCAACCUGGCCAUUAUCCACGCAUCAAAAGAAAUGUAUGCAAGGAACAUGAUGGCUACCGUACAACAAAUAGCGUUUGCUAUUAACUACUAUGCUAAACGCCUCCUACGCUUCCAGGAAAACCUUGACAACGAUGAAGUUGCCCGUGUCGAGAUGGAUAAGCGCACUAAACUGCAAUCUCUUUGCGAGACCCGGUUGGCAGCUAGGGCGGAUGCUUUGCACACUUUCCUAUGCUUAUUUAGAGUUGUUGUAAGUUCCUUGGACGAACUCGCUAGCGAUUAUGGUGACAGCAAAGCCACGGGAUACAGUCGACUCGCUCUAUUCAGACCUUCGAGUUCAUCACUACCCGAGUGUCUGUCGAACAUGCGUUGUCAGGGCUCGUACACCUGUCGAAACUCCCCCAGAAGAAGACGUGUGAUUUACUGGAGGCAACAGGAGAAGCACGUGUUGUUGUCGCUUUGUUAG